UGUGUUGCAUGCAGUGAACAAAACAAACAGAACAUAAACACAAGUAUUCUGUAUUCCGUAUUCCGUAUUGUGUUAAUAUUUAAUAAAACAAGAAAGUGAACUAAAAGUGAAGCAAUCGAGUGAACAACAGACGAGAAGUCUCUGAACUGCUCCCAGGAAAAGUUCUCGUUACGCAGCCGAAAAUGUGUUAGAAACCCCGCGGAAAACCGGCAAAACAAGCGAUAAGAAGGGAAAACUCUAUACCAGCACCAUGGACAUGACCAAACAGAUUGCGGACUUUGAAAUAAAGUCGGAGCUGAUCGGCGAAAUGGAUCAGUUCGAGCCCAGUGACUACACAAUGGCUCCGCCCGAAGAGCCCAAGAUGGCGGAAGAGCACCAGUUGGAGCACCACCUGGAGGACCAGAACAGAAACUACUCCUCCUCCGAAAGGGAGGUGGAAUCCACACUGGAGGAUCAGAGUGAGGUGGCUGGUCAAACGGACAAAGAUGCCGAGACCGGCGGAGAGGUGAAGUCAGCGGAGAAGGAGUUGGAAUCGGAGCAGGCGAAGCCCAAGGCGAGUCUGAUGAACGACCAGGCGCUGAGUCCCCCACCACGACCCCUGACCUCCAGCGAAGUGGUGGGUCUGCGGGAUCCCGAGCACACCGAGCUGCGCAUGCGCCUGGAGGCCAAGAAGUCGCGCUCCCUGCCAGUUUCCCCACAGCCACAGUCACAGCAAAGUCAAAGUCUUAAGAUAGCCGGAUCGGCGCUCUUUGAGUUCGGCCAGCGAUCCUCUCCAGUGGAGGCCAAGGUCAAGGCCAAUCCCGAGACGAAGGCGCCCAGGCGCAAGAUAGUUCCUCCCACUGGCGAAGGGGACAAUCAGCAGUUCUGCCUGCGGUGGAACAACUACCAGUCCAACCUGACCAAUGUCUUUGACGAGCUCCUGCAGAGCGAGUCCUUCGUGGACGUGACUCUGUCCUGCGAGGGGCACUCGAUCAAGGCCCACAAGAUGGUGCUAUCCGCCUGUUCGCCCUACUUCCAGGCCCUGUUCUACGACAAUCCCUGCCAGCACCCCAUCAUCAUCAUGCGCGACGUCAGCUGGUCCGACCUGAAGGCCCUGGUGGAGUUCAUGUACAAGGGGGAGAUCAACGUGUGCCAGGAUCAGAUCAAUCCCCUCCUCAAAGUGGCCGAAACCCUAAAAAUCAGGGGACUGGCGGAGGUCAGUGCCGGCAGGGGUGAGGGCGGCGCCUCCGCACUGCCCAUGUCCGCCUACGACGACGAGGACGAGGAGGAGGAGCUGGCCUCGGCCACAGCGAUUCUGCGGCAGGAGGAUGACGCCGAUCCCGACGAGGAGAUGAAGGCCAAGAGGCCCAGGCUGCUGCCCGAGGGAGUCCUGGACUUGAACCAGCGCCAGAGGAAGCGAUCCAGAGAUGGCAGCUACGCCACGCCAAGUCCCUCCCUGCAGGGCGGCGAAUCCGAGAUCUCGGAGCGGGGCUCAUCCGCCACGCCGGGACACCAGAGCCAGAGCCAGCCCCUGGCCAUGACCACAUCCACCAUCGUGCGCAACCCCUUCGCCUCACCCAAUCCACAGACCUUGGAGGGCAGGAACAGUGCUCUGAAUGCAGCAGCCAGUCAGAGGAAGUCGCCAGCUCCAGCAGCGGGUCACAGCAAUGGCAACAGCGGCGCCGUCAUGCACUCCCCGCCCGGGGGCGUGGCCGUCCAGUCCGCCCUGCCGCCCCACAUGGCCGCCAUCGUGCCGCCGCCCCCCUCCGCCAUGCACCACCAUGCCCAGCAACUGGCCGCCCAGCACCAGCUGGCCCACUCGCACGCCAUGGCCAGCGCCUUGGCAGCCGCAGCCGCCGGAGCGGGCGCAGCUGGAGGAGCGGGAUCCGGAAGUGGAUCUGGAGCCAGUGCUCCAACUGGAGGCACAGGAGUGGCGGGCAGUGCGUCCGGCGCGGCAGUGGGUUCCCAUCACGAUGACAUGGAGAUCAAGCCAGAAAUCGCCGAGAUGAUUCGCGAGGAAGAGAGGGCCAAGAUGAUCGAGAGUGGCGGCCACGGUGGCUGGAUGGGUGCGGCAGCUGCGGCAACUGGAGCAGCUUCUGUGGCGGCAGACAGCUACCAGUACCAGCUGCAGUCCAUGUGGCAAAAGUGCUGGAACACCAAUCAGCAGAACCUGGUGCAGCAGCUCAGGUUCCGCGAGCGAGGCCCACUGAAGUCCUGGCGACCCGAGGCCAUGGCCGAGGCCAUCUUCAGUGUCCUCAAGGAGGGUCUCUCCCUCUCGCAGGCCGCCCGCAAGUUCGACAUACCCUAUCCCACCUUCGUCCUGUACGCCAAUCGGGUGCACAACAUGCUCGGUCCCUCGCUGGAUGGCGGCGCUGAUCCGCGUCCAAAGGCCCGUGGUCGUCCGCAGAGGAUCCUGCUGGGCAUGUGGCCAGAGGAGCUCAUCAGGAGCGUCAUCAAGGCGGUGGUGUUCCGGGACUAUCGCGAGAUCAAGGAGGACAUGAGCGCCCACCAGUACGCCAAUGGACAGGCCCAUGGUACCUACAUUGGAGGAGGCACCACCACGAAUGGCUAUCACAGUGCGGCGGCCGCGAAGCUGGCGGCCCAGAAUGCUGCACUGGCUCCGCCGGACGCGGGCAGUCCGCUGAGUUCCAUGACGGAGACGCUGCGAAGGCAGAUCCUCUCGCAGCAGCAGCAACAGCAGCAGCACCACCAGCAGCAGGCGCACCACCAGCAGCAGCCCUCGCACCACCAGCAGCAGUCGCCCCACGCCCAGUCCAUGAACAUGUACAAGUCGCCGGCCUAUCUGCAGCGCUCCGAGAUCGAGGAUCAGGUAUCCGCAGCGGCGGCCGUGGCAGCGGCGGCGGCCAAGCACCAGCAGCAGGGCGGGGAUCGGAGGGGUUCGGAGAACCUGCCCGACCUCAGUGCCCUGGGCCUGAUGGGUCUUCCCGGGCUGAACGUGAUGCCCUCCCGCGGAUCCGGCGGAGGAAGUGGUGGCGCAGCGCCGAACAGUGCCGCUUCCUAUGCCCGCGAGCUGUCCCGCGAACGGGAACGCGAUAGGGAGCGCGAGCGGGAGAGGGAGCUGUCCCGCCAGUAUGGCAGCCAGUCGCGGGGAUCGAGUUCCGGCUCUGGGAGCGCCAAGUCCCUGACCGCCAGCCAAAGACCCGGAGCCGCCUCGCCGUACUCCGCCGCCCACUAUGCCAAACAUCAGGCGAGUGCCUACAACAAGCGCUUCCUGGAGAGCCUGCCCGCCGGCAUCGACCUGGAGGCCUUCGCCAACGGCCUGCUCCAGAAGUCGGUGAACAAGAGUCCGCGCUUCGAGGACUUCUUCCCGGGACCCGGCCAGGACAUGAGUGAACUCUUUGCCAAUCCCGACGCCAGUGCAGCGGCUGCGGCGGCCGCCUAUGCGCCUCCUGGCGCCAUCCGGGAAUCGCCGCUGAUGAAGAUCAAGCUGGAGCAGCAGCAUGCCACCGAACUGCCGCACGAGGAUUGAAUCCUGGGCAGGGGCGUGGCAGCGCACACGCUGGGGUGGGGCAGUUAUUAGGUAACCAAAUAAAUGAUAUCAUGAGGGGUGCUAAGUAAUCUUGGAUAAGAGUAAGUAGUUAUGAUUUCGGGACUGAAGGUCUAGCAAUUUCAAUUUUAUAAUGUGCAAAAUGUAUAUCACAAAGCAGAUACGUAGCAUUACAUGCGAUUUUGUUGUGUGAAAACACUUUUAAAAUAGGAAAAGAAACUAAAAUUGUGUAGGAAGCCCAACAGCUCAUAUAAAAUGUGACUGAUAAAAUAAAGUACACGUUAUCUUAUCAAGUAAUAGUGAAAAGGUGGAAUAAAAGUGAACAUUUCACUCUAAUGACAUCAAUUAACGCCGCUAAAACCCAGCAAAUGCGAUUUAUUUUCCCCAAGAAAUAGCCCAAACAGUCCAAAGAUUACUUGGCCCAGAACACUUGGCCCAAUUGCAAAUCGGAAAAGGAAAAGCAACCACCCAGAGCCCAAAGGAAGAAAACCAUAGACCCACAAACAUAUUUGGACUGCUACUUGAACCCCAACGUUUUUAGUGUUUAGUGUUUAGUGCUUAGUUGAAGUUGCUAACUGGUUUUUAUGCCUAGGCUAGUUUUAGAGUGUAUCGAGGGAGGUAUCAAGUAUUAACCUAUUAUUAAAGCACACCCCAAAACACCAAACACCAAACACACACACAAAACACACACAUACUUCGGAACUUUCCUGUAAGGAUAGGAUCUCGUACUUUGUCUUAUUUAUUUCGAGAGAACUCGUUGCGUUGAUUGCCUUUUUUGCCACGCGAAAAUAAUAAUAAUUAAAUAGGAUUACGAUUAACAAUAAACGUAAACAUAAAAGUUACGAUUAGAGACUUGUGCAUUUCUUAAAUGUAGCUUAACCCUAGAAUAGCCCUCAAAUACAAAACACUGAAUGUUGUCAAAUCCGGUCGGUAAUCACCACUUUAUAUAUAUACAUACAUACAUACAUAACAUAUAUGUACGCAAUACUUUAGAUACAUAAAGCCACACAGAUAGAGGUGCAUACCACGCACGUACAUAAACUUAUAUUAAUGGUAUUUCCAAAUGUAACUGUAACUGUAACUGUAAAUGUAAAUAAUGUACAAAUUUCCAUAGCUUUAGGCUUCGACUUAAUCUUAGACUUACCCCAAAAAGCCCUUCGCAGCACUUCUUCUAUGGUAAUCGCAUUGUAAAUGAACGAAUGGGCAAACAACGCAGGCAGCAUCACAUUAAAUUUGUGCUAAUUUUAUGUAAACAACCACACAGAUACACAAUACCAACGCACACGGCACACACUCGACUGUCAGAUAUAUGCAUACACAUACGCAUAUGCAUAUGCAUAUGUAUUGUCCGAACUGCGUGGGUGAACUAUUAUUAUUACAACUAUUAUUACGAUUAUUAUUAUUAUUAUUAUUACCUAUCCCUAGAGAUGCGCAAGGCAUUCUUGAGUUUAGUUAAUCCGUAAAUUAUACAACAAUAAACAGAGAAAGAAAAUAAAAGCGAAUCGAAAAGCUAAAUGUCAACUAA